UCGCGUUAAAGAGCGGAGAAUCGAUCGCGUCGUGUCGCGUGGAAAAAUCGCGCCAGUGAGGAGGCGACGAUCGCGCGCGCGAACCACGUGAUAAUACGUCGCCGCACGCGAACCGCGAAUUGCGAGUGGAAUCAGUCGGUGAUCCACGGGAUCACGCGUCUACUGCAACGCGGUGAUCAACCAUAACCUGAAAGACCGGCGUGCAGCCAAUCGCUUCCUCAGAGGAGGAGGAUAGCGCGCGGCUCCGCUUACCAACUGUCAAAUCUACUCGAACGCGAGAAAACGUCAGGAUAAAUAUAUGAUUUAAUCCGCUCAACAGGAGCGUAUAGUGUGUAUGUGCCUCGAGCAAAAGGAACAUCCUCGUGAAUCAUUUCUCGGAGCGCGAAAUAUCAUCGGUUCGACAUUUUUUGUUUUUAAUAGCAGGAGGAGAGAGGACGCCGGUGUGUGCCGUGAUCAUCAAUUACCAUCAAUCAUUAAUCAUUGCUAUCAUCAAUCUAACCUUUCGAACAUCACGACAAAAAAAAUUCUGCGAGAAAAAAAAGAGAAAGAGACGCGUCGACGAGUUUCACGGUCGCGAUCCGAUUACGAUCGGCGAAAGGAAAGGCAGCGAGGGAAUUAUUUCGCGCGCGCGCGCUCUCGCGUGUGAAGGAAGCCGCGCGAUCGGAACUCGCGUCGUACUUCGCUUCGUUGACGUCGUAUGUCCGUGGCCGUGCGCGUCGCAUCGCGUCGCGUCACGUCGCGUUUCGUCUUUUUUCGCGCUCCGUUCGACGAGGAAAGUGCGUUCGCGCGCAAACCAGCGCGCGUCAUGCUCGCGGUGACAGCUCGGCGAUAAAGUGUGAUUUUUCUCUCGCAGUGUUUCGUCUUCUUUCACGUACGCGCGCAAGUAUCUCGGAUAUACAUAUAUAUAUAUCCGGUUUUCAUUUCCCUCUUCAUACUGUCUGUGAAGUGAAGUGCGCGACUGUUAAAUCUGUGAAACGUACGUGGUGUGUGUGCCGCAUAUACAACACAUACAUAUUAUCUGUAUCAUCCAGUGUGCCCGGUUGUGCGAAAAUUUUCAUUCUCGUCGUGUGCCCGAGUUUUUCCCCUUUCUCGAGAUUCCACUUCUACCUUCUCUCCUAUUCACGGCGUCAUCGGCGUACUUUCGACGAACGAAGAAAAGGUCCUCAUAAAGGAAAACGCGUUCCCGCCUUUGUGAGAGAGGAAUCGCAUCGAAAGGUAUCAUCGCAUCAUCCUGUCGCCGGUUUGCAGCAUGAAGGCUGACAGCGAUGCGAAGUGAAUAGGCGGCCCACUCGUUCUCCUCACUUGCCCCUUUCUCGAAAUACGCACCUGCUAACAAACAGAAAACGAAGGCUGAACCCUCUGACUGUAUACAUAUAUAUUUAGGAAAAGGAAGAGAAAAAAAAAGACCGCAACGGAUCACCGCCAAAAGCUAGUAGAAGUUUAGUCAAAGUGUGAGAGCGAGCGAACGAGACAAAUAUAUAUAUAUAUAUAUAUAUAUAUAUAUAUAUAUAUAUACACACACACACACACACAAUACACAUAUAUGUAUAUAGAAAGAGAAAACGAGGAAGAGAACGGGAGAAACACAAGAUACAUAUACAUAUAUAAAUAUAUAUAUAUAAAUGUAAGAGAAGGCGAUUCGUGAGUGUGCGUGUAAAUAAGAGCUAUUUUUCGUAUGAGAGCGAGAAAGACGACGCGCCCUGGCCGGAGAGAAGCGCGAAACGAUACGUUCGAGAAUAUCGUCGAACGAGGGAAGAUUUAAGGUGCUUCUCCUGAAGAAGAGGGCCGAGUUCAUCGAGUGGAAGAAAGGAAGGAGAAGAGGACGACGACGACGACGACGACGACGACGUGAUUUUUCGUCAACGAACGACGGAAGAGAGCGAAGGGGUACGUCGCGUCACGAUUGUUUGGACGUUGUUUCGAUGCUCUCCAAUCCGGAUCGCCGGUGUUUCUCCCCCCUAAAGAGGAGUAGUCCCCCUCACGGAGACUGACCCGGCCGAUAUUGCCGAGGAAGGAAUCGCCGAGGAAGAGGCGAAUAUCGAGAAUAAAGCGGAGAAAGAGAUCGAGAAGGAAGAAGGGGAGAGGAAGAAAAAAAAAGGGGGGGAAGGAAAUAUAGAGAGCAGUUGUGUGUGUGUGCGGCAUCGAGAGAGGACCGGCUCCAUGUUGUGAGCGUCUGAGGACUGCCGAGGGCAGCAGCGAAAGGGCGGAGUAGGGUGCCACCGCCGUUAUGGAGUACGGUGGCGGGGGCGGUGGGGCACGCGGAGGUGUCCAGCCACCCUCCGCGGGGGCGAGGGGCAUCGCCGGAACCGACACUACCGACGCUGCGUGGCACAAACACGAACAAAUGAUGCUCAUGGAGUCCAGGCACAAGCAACAAUUGAGUGGGGGGAGGACGGGGACCGGCGGUGCGCCCCUUUACGGGCGCCUGGUGGCCGAGGAGCCCAUGCCCUCCGCGGUAUGCGGUGGUGCCGGUGCGGCGGGUGGCGGGGCUGCCGGCGGGGUCCCGCAGGAGACCCCCUCGGACAUUCACGCCAUGCAGGCCAGGAUACCCCACAGGUUUCGCGAUCCAGCGACGGCGCCCCUCAGGAAACUCAGCGUCGACCUCAUCAAGACCUACAAACACAUCAACGAGGUUUAUUAUGCGAAGAAGAAGAGGAGAGCACAGCAGAUGCAAGGAGAGGAUGGCUCGCAUAAAAAGGAGAGGAAACUCUACAACGAUGGUUGGGAUGAUGAUAAUCACGAUUAUAUUAUCAAGAAUGGGGAAAAGUUCCUCGAUCGAUACGAGAUCGAUUCAUUAAUAGGUAAAGGCAGUUUUGGCCAAGUAGUGAAAGCGUUUGACCACGAAGAGCAGACGCAAGUGGCAAUAAAAAUCAUCAAGAACAAGAAACCUUUUCUAAAUCAAGCGCAAAUCGAAGUUAGGCUAUUGGAAAUGAUGAACAGAGCGGAUACCGACAACAAGUAUUAUAUAGUUAAACUGAAGAGGCAUUUUAUGUGGCGGAAUCACUUAUGUCUAGUAUUUGAACUGCUGUCGUAUAAUCUGUACGACCUACUUAGAAAUACGAAUUUCCGAGGAGUGUCAUUAAAUCUUACAAGAAAGUUUGCACAGCAACUGUGUACUGCCCUCUUGUUCCUGUCUACACCGGAAUUGAACAUCAUUCACUGUGAUCUGAAACCCGAAAACAUCCUUUUAUGCAAUCCCAAACGAAGUGCGAUAAAGAUAGUCGAUUUUGGUAGUUCAUGUCAACUUGGACAAAGAAUAUAUCAGUAUAUUCAAUCCAGGUUCUACAGAUCACCGGAAGUUCUAUUAGGAAUACCUUAUGACCUCGCGAUAGACAUGUGGAGUCUGGGAUGUAUUUUAGUAGAAAUGCACACGGGAGAACCUUUAUUUAGUGGGGCCAACGAGGUCGAUCAAAUGAACAAAAUCGUAGAAGUACUAGGAAUGCCGCCGAAACAUAUAUUGGACCAAGCGCACAAGGCGCGGAAGUACUUUGACAAAGUCCCCACGGAUGGCUCGUACGUGCUGAAAAAAUCCAAGGAUGGUAAAAAAUACAAACCUCCCGGCACGAGGCGCUUACAUGAUAUUCUAGGUGUUGAGAGCGGCGGCCCUGGCGGCAGGAGGAUAGGAGAACCCGGUCACUCGAUGUCCGAUUAUCUCAAGUUCAAAGACCUAAUCGUACGGAUGUUGGACUUUGAUCCGAAGACGAGAGUAACGCCGUAUUACGCACUCCAACACAACUUCUUCAAGAGAACGGCCGAUGAGGGGACCAACACGAAUGUCGCUGCUGCCAAUAGCGCGAGCACGAGUCCGGCAGUGGUGUCGAUGAGCCAGGAUCACGGACUGGUAACCAUGUCGGGACAGGGUGGCAGCGGCAGCAGCAGCAGCGGCGGCAGCAUGCAGCAAAUGCAGGCGUCGAGUCUCCCUGGUGGCGGUUAUCAACCCAUGGACUGCGAGUCCUCGCCUCGUCACACGGGCGGUCGGCGUGCCAUAACAACGGGCUACCCAUCGACAUCGGCCGGGGCACCCGCAUCAGCCCCGAUGACGACGUCCAUGCAAUCCAUGGACAGCUCCCUGAUACAGAGCUCCCUUGGAUCGUACAAUAGCCUAAUUCUUCCUAACAUACCCCAUCUGCCCGCGAUGAUGUCCUCGCCGAUGAUUCAGCAGCAGAACUUCUACAACUACGGCUACUCGACCGCCGAUGCGCAUGGGAUGGUCAGACAACCGUCGACGGUGUCGACCGGUAACCAGCGAGAUGCAGCGGAGAGGGAAGAUAGCCCGAUGGUCGGUGUAUGCGUCCAACAGAGCCCGGUCGCUAUUCACUGAGGUGAUAGAAGUGGACAAUACAGCUGAUUGUAGGCAAUUGCAAGAUUGGUGGAAGAAGAAGACGAUUUAGCUGAUUUAUUACCGGGUAGAGAUCGUGGCAUACUUCGAACGUUUGUCUACGAUAUGUUAUUGUCGUAGCCGAAGAAAGAGGCGAGAGAAGAAGAACAGGAAAUGGCUUGUAAACAUUUUCAAAUGUCGUUCUCCGAUGCUGCUUUCUCGAAGCACAGAGCCAAAAAAAGAAAAAAAAGCACAUCAGUGUUCGCGAUCAGCGAUUAACUUUGACAGUGAGAAUUCAACAAAUUUUUCGGACACACGUUGGUUUGGCUGAACAAUUUUCUGAAAAAUACAGACGAAAAAUUUCCCAGACGAAAAAAUCCACGAGACAUAAACGCAAGUCACAAAGCCCAAAUCUCUCUCUGAGAUUAAGAAAUCACAAAAGCGGGGAGAAGUUUACUCCAAGCUCGGCGGCGAUAACGACUGAAAAAAAUCAACGAGUAGAAAAGAGAAUACGCGAGAGAAAGAAGAGAGAAGGGAAAACAUGGGAGAGAGGUAAACCUCUAUUUCUGUUACGUUGCUGUAUUUUCGUAUCUUUUAUCGAGCUGACUGGCCCUACAUUGAGCGUGGAUAUUACUACGUGUCUAACACGGAUGAUUGACGAAAGCUUCGAGCAUGGACAGACGGUAAUGGUUUAGUGAGGAUGAACCCAGCUGGCCUCUCGGGUCCUGCCCGAUUUCCACGAACACUCUGAGCAGUUUUAGAGAAAACAACUCUGAGCGGGAAAACUUUCGGCAAUCAAACUGUGUGGCCUAGAGAGCGAAAAAGUGAUAAUUACUAUUAUUACUGCGUAAAAGAAAAAAAAGAAGGAAAAGUAAGAAUUACCAAUGUAAGCAUGUACUCCAAUAGAGUUUUAUACACAAUGUCACGGAUGUAAACGGUUUAGCAAGUACUUGCGAGCAAACAGUCGCGUCGACUAGUUAUUUGUACAAUACACUUAGAAUGAAUGAUAAGAGUGCAGCUUUAGGAUUUAGCUUUUAAGUGUGAGGAGGUAACACAUACAUCCACCCAUUCACUCAUCCACACACAACACACACACAUACACACACACACACACACACACACAAAUAUAUAUACAAAACAAUGUAAACUUGACCAUUUUAUUUACUUUAAUGAAAACACAAGAAUGCAAGUUGCGAACGUCAGUUUGUUGUUGAGCAAGGACUUUAAACAAACGGAGUUCGCGCGGCUUAACAACAAUACAUAUUUAUACAUAAAAAAAGAAAAACAGUAAUAAGAAAGUUAAAAAACAGCAUACACGUAAGAUCGAUCAAGAAUGGAAUAUAAUCAUACGAGGAAUCUAGAUAUUUUAUAAUAAACAAUACGCGCGUAUACUCUCACAUGCAUACGUUUCCAACGCCAAUCGUCAUUGAUUUUUGCCGUUUUGCUCCGAUGGUCGCUUAUGCCAUUCGCAUCGAUCGUUAUAUUAGCCCUUUUAUUGUGUACGCAAGAUUUGAUUUUUAUUCGACCAUAAAUGAUUUUUAAUCUCAGUUAAAUUGUGUGAUAUCCCUUUCGAUUAUUUAUGUAUUGUAAAACUAGAUGACGAACAAAGGUAGAAGCCAAUAAUUUAUUUCUUAUUGUCAACGCGUAAUCAUGCGUUUCGUUGUGAAACUACCAAUUGUAAAAGUGUAGUAUAGUACCUGAAGGCAGACCAUUAAAAUGCAACCAUAAUAAAUCCCUCUAUACAGCCCAGAUGUGUUAUGAAAGAAAAAGAAGAGAAUAAAAAAUACGACACUUUUAAUAGAAACUAUAAUAAUAUAACGCUGUAAAGAAAAAGAAAUCUUAAAGAAUUAUGCAUGUUGCUUUUCUCGUAAUCACGAUAGCAAAAAAAAGAAAUGUGGAAAUACUUAAAUCUGUUUACGAAAUAUAUUUUAUAUAAUUGCGGCUUUUUAUACUUCCAUACAUAUACGAAAGAAAAAAAAUGCUCCACGGAGACCUAAGAUUUAGAUAAUAAUUUACCUGUAUGCCAUUUAUUAUAUUAUACAUAGAACAAACGUGUAAUCAUUUUGUUGACGGGUCGCAUCGAUUUACUGUGUAGCUACUUUAGGACAUUUUAGGACUUUAAUUGCUUUAUGAGAGGUCUCUCGUAAAAAUAAAGCUGCAUGUAUAAUUCCCAAUCCGUCAUUUUCAAUGUUUUAAUUGCUAUAUCUUUUUCUUUUUUUUUUUUUUGUACACAAAUUCCAAUGCGUAGAUAGCGGCGGCUUAAGUAAGCACCGUAUUUCGUCUGCAUGACCGCGACUGUUGUCAAAAGAGCUUGGCUAAAAAGAAAAAGAAGAAAAAAAAAAGAAAAAGGUAUUAGACGACCAAGAGAAUUCUUACAAUGUAUUUUCUGGAAAAGUAAUAAUGAGAGUCUCACUGUGAAGUUUAGAUUUGAAUUUUUCUUGUUGUAUUAGUUGUAAAUAUAUAUAUGAGAGAAAUAUAAAAUACUUUUUCGAGUAGAGCUGAGAAAAGUCUAACGUUUCACAAGCCAUUCGAUCUGCUAAGAAUCAUUUUCUUCAUGCGGCCUUUCGAAUGAUUUGUAUAUUUUUAUACACCUGCAAACACAGAAACAUUUGUGGAUACGUUUAAACAAGAUACACACUGCGCGCGCGGAACGUUCUAUAUUGCAACUCAGACGUUGAGGUUUGUUAUACUCGAAUUUAUACUAAGUUACCGAGCGAAAACAAAUUUUCUAACAGUAUUUAAUAAUGUAAAUCACCGACGGACAAAUAGAAAAUACGAUGCCCUACAAACCUGUAUCAUAAAUGUUUUUUAUAUCGCAUUGAGAUUUACGGCAAUCAGUGCUUAAGAUACGUUAAAAAUUCAGAGUCGUAAUGAGUCUGUGUUGUGAUUAGAUAGCUCGAAAGCAAUGCUUAAAAAAAAAAAACAAUAGAGAGAUUCACUGUGACAUAAUAAAUAUGCUUAAACAAGACGAAAAAAUCUCCACAAAAAUUAUCCGAAACCUAAAACACAUAAUAUGUCGCGCACCUUACCUCAAUGAUCUUUUUGAUAAUUUCAGCAGUUGAAAAAAAAGAAGUACAGGAUAAUAUGAUUUAUUAGGAUGUAAAGAGAGAAGAGAGAGAGCGAAAUUAAUCCGGCGGGACGCUCGGAAUUUUCUGUGACAAGUUUUAAGCGUUCCUCGCGAGAGAAUAUUCUGUGAACGGCAAAAAUCAGUACGCUCUAUAAGUAUAGAUAAUGUCGCGUGCAUGAUAUCACAACGCACGAGCCCUCUUCCGAAUUCCGAUAUUGUUACAAAAUCUGACGCUGUGCUCACCAGUUCCAAAAACAAACAUAGUGUUCAUAAUUCGCGCAGAGAAUCGAACAUGAUUUUUGGAAUUAUAAUAAAAUUAUUAUAAUAAAAUUAUUUUUUAUUGUCUAGAAAGAGAGAGGAGAGAUCUCUCUUGAAUCUCAUUCGCCAGUGACUUUGCUUUGCGACAGGAUAUCUAUCUGUAAGAUAAUCCUUCCACAUCGAAUGGUUCAUAUAAAUAUAAAUGUACGAUAUAUUGCUCGAUACUGAUCUCUUUUCUUAUAUCGGAUCAAAGCUGACAUUUACAAUUUUCAGAAUGAUGGGCACAGCGUCACGUUUAGUAAAUGCAUAGCUCUUGUAUGCUUUGGACAAUUGUUGACUUUAGUUGAAAAUAUUAUUGUUUUCUUUUUUUUUACACACCUGUAUAGAGAAGCAAAGUGAUCGAUUAGGUAUAACGAUGCGAGACUUUUAGCGCGAUUAAACGACCGCCGUCAUCCGGGCGGAUAAAUUUAGGGACAAUUUUUUUUUUUGCAUAGUGCGCGAAGAGUAAGGCCACGGUAGGUACGAUUCUCGGAGAAUAUUUUGAACGAAAGCGAGUUGGGAUGAUUUGUAAAGUAUCUCGAAGCGAAGCGUAAAAAGCGAGCGUGCCGAAUGUGGCUGUGCGAAUAAUAAAGGACCUUUAUUUGCCACGUAAACGCGACGAAGUGCGUUUUAAACAUAUGUUUAGUAGUCUUCAAAUAUGGAAAAGAAAGGGCCCGCAGUGAGCAGAAAAAAAUAACAACUUUCCUUAGGAUUUCUUUUGCUAUUUCCAAUAUAUGCGCGUCUUAUUUUUCGAGAAUCACCGUCUCUUGGAAUCUGUUCACUCAACAACUGUCGCAAAAAUGCAAAGUAUUUAAGCCAAUUAGCAGACAGCAGAGAUGUAUACAUUUAAUAACGUAAGAGCUAGCCGCGAUUCAUGUUCCAAAUGAUUUACUUCGCUGCAUUUCAAGUACACACAUACAUACAUAUAUAUAAUAUUUUUUUUUUUUUUUACGUAAAAUAAACCGUUAAAAUCGGAAUGAUGAUGAAAGAAAUAACGGUGUAUCUUAUGUUUUUAAUGGUAUAUAAUAUGUUUUAAUUAUAUGUAUCUUAGUCCAAACGUGUAUGCGAUACAUACUUUUGCAUACAGUAUGUGUUGAUUGUUCGCAUAACUUUUUAAUAUUUGUAAUGGAAUUUUUUUUGACGGAUUUCCUUAACCAUCUGCUGCCCAAUAACUUUUUCAAAUCUCAUUUUUCUUAUACGUUUCUCUUUGCAUUCAUCGAUAAUUAUAAAUUUAUAUAUAUAUAAGGUGCCUAAGAUUUACUGCACCAUCUGCUAAUGGCAGAUUUUUGAGAUCAUUUUUGAUGAUUUUUCUUCAGCAAAAAUGUUGAGGCAUCAAUAAUUUCUUUGUUAUAAGCGAUUCAAAAAGGACUUUUUGCAAACUAAACUUUAAGAGAGUUAAAACUAUAUGUUUUAAUUUAUUUCAGAUAUAGUUUUAAUAGAGAGACAGAGAGAGAAUUUUAAUUGAAAGCUUACAAAGAUAUAUGAUGGAAAAAAUUGGAAACUUGCAAAAAAUAAUGACCUUUCUCGACAUUUUCAGAGAAAAAAUCAUUUCCAAAUGAUCUCAAGAAUCUAUUAAGAGGUGGUAUAAUAUAAGUCUGAGACACCUUGUAUAUACACAUACACACACAUAUAUAUGCUUGUAUUUUUUCAAAUACAGAUUAUAUACAGAUUUAUUCUUCCUUAUCUUUUUUAUUCAUAUACAAGGUGCGUUCGAAAUUACCGUACAACAGCCGAGUGUGAACCACAGUUUUACACGCAAUAUAGUAAAUAAUUUUUUACAAUUCCAAAGAAUAAAUUGGGCAAUAGACUGGUUACUUUCUUAAUUUUUGAUCGUGUUACGUAACAUAUUUGUUAAUUAUCACGAAUGCGUCUCUUGCGUGUUUACACCAGAUGAUAAAUCUUUUUUCUGCGUGCAUUAUUUUGUUUUUUCGACAAUUUUAUGUUUUAAUGUAAAAUUUCAUAUUUAUAAUAUUAUAUCUAAUGCGAUAAUAUAUAUAUAUAUAUAUAUAUAUAUAUAUAUAUAUAUAUAUGUGUGUGUGUGUGUGUGUGUGUGUGUGUGUAUGUAUAUGUAUAUGUAUGUAUGUACGAAUGUGUGUGUACGAGCGGUCUUUGUAAAAGUCUGUUUGUAAAGCUCACGCUCGCGAGUCUUAAUUCCGAGGUCAUUGGAACAUGUUCCCGCGGCGGGGAAGUAAAGUAACUUAAGUUUCCUAACGUCAUGUGUAAAAGCAUUGUGUUCAGAAACAAAUAUAACUAUAAUAUGACUGAUGCGCCUGAGAGGCGAUGUGCGAGCGUCCUUUGAGAAUUAAGUAUGAGAGAGGUAAAUGUGGUAAUGUCUUGAUGAUGAUGAUGAUGAUGUCUCGUUUGGCGCAAUGGUAUGCACCACAGUCGGGACAAAAAAAAAGAAUAUAAGAAAUGAACGCAGAGAGCGAGGGAAAAAUCUGUAUAUGUGGAUGCGUAUGAACGUUUGUAUGUGUGUGUGUGAGAAAGAGAGAGAGAGAGAGAGAGAGAGAGAGAGAGGAGGAAACAAAAAACCGAUUUAUUAAGAUGAAAAAAAAAAAAUAAUAAUAAUUAACAAAAACUCUAUACCGGAUGAAGGAAAAUGAACUUGUAUCUAACGUGUAUACAUUGUCAUAACAUUAUUAUGAUGAUUAUUAUAAUUAUUAUUAUACAUAUAAUAAUGUAAUUGAAAAUUUGAAACGAUAUUACAUAAGGUUAAUAAUAAACAAAAGCAUCUUCA